AUGAUGACGGACAAAACUGAAAUGCAAAUACAAUUACAUGACGAUACACCAGUAUCAUAUAAACUCUACAGAUUACCUUAUAGUGAAAGAGUUGUUGUACGCGACAUAGUAAACGAAUUAUUAGACGCCAAAAUAAUCGUUCUUGAUGAUCAAUUAGACCGUCUUAGUGGUAAAGUGUAUUUUACAAGUCUCGAUCUUAAGUCGGGGUACUACCAAAUAUCGAUGGCCGAGGGGUCUAGACACUUAAUGACAUUUGUAAUUCCAGACGAGCAUUACAAAUAUACACGUAUGCCGUUUGGUCUCGUCAACGCACCUGCCGUAUUUCAACACAUGGUUAACAAAGCACUCGGAAAAGAUAGAUACGACUUGGCUAUCCCUUAUAUGGAUGACUUGCUCUCUCCUGCAACAACCAUCGACGAAGGGUUAGCAAAAGUGCGCAAAAUUUUGAUAUCGUUACGUAGUGCUGGCUUGACAUUGAAUAUAAAAAAAUGUUAUUUCUUCAAAAGGGAACUAGGUUAUUUAGGAUACGAGGUCUCUUGCGAAGGCCUGCGACCAGGUAGUAAUAAAACUGAAGCUGUAGCUUCUUUUCCUACUCCCACAAAUGUACAUCAAGUCAAGCAAUUUGUAGGAUUAGCUAGUUUUUUUCGAAGAUUUAUUAUCGGAUUCUCAAGUAUUGUUAAACCAUUAACAACGCUUACCAAAACUAAAGUUGCAUGGAAAUGGGGAGAAGAACAAGAGACAGCUGUUCAAAUUAUCAAAUCCAAAUUAGUCGAGAGAGCAAUAUUGGCACUGUAA